CGCCCGUGCAUGAUUAAUUAGGUCGCGCGCUAGCUGUGCGGACUGCUAGGAGCUAGCUCCAUCGUCGUCCGGUUGUUAUUCCUCCUUCUCAACACACAUUGCCCGUUGCCAACAUCAUCCUUCCAGCUUCCUGGCCGACGAGCAGUGCCUUCAUAUAUACAAACGUACACCAGCUACACUACACAUCUCUCUAGCUAGCUCUCUCUCUCUCUGCUCCGGCAGGGCUUCACCUCACCUGUGCUGUUGUGUGCGUGCGUGCUUAUAUGGGUUCUUGGGUGCGCACCAUCACAACGCCCUUCAGGAAAGCAUGCACCAUCUUCGGCCCGCAGAAGGACGGCGGCGGCGGCGGCAAGAGGUCGCAGCAACCAAACCCAGCGACGAUGGUACGGCACGUCGACGACGCCGCCGAGAGGGCCAAGCUGCACGGGGAGGUGAUGGCGUGCGCCUACGAAGACGUGCAGGUCAUGUGGUCCAUGCUCGACCAGACAACAAGGAUUGGGGAUCUCAGUGGCAGCUCGUGACCGCCGGCAAUUGUCCGUUCAUGCAUUUUCCUAGAGCCACAAAGGUGGAGAUGCAGACAUGGUGUACAUAGCAAAAUAUCUUCUCACCAAACAUCCCCCCCCCCCACCCACCCACUUGCUUUCUUGGGCCUUGAAUUGGAAGAGCUAUUUGCGCCGAUCAAUUGAGCCCAGAACCAAGUGCCCGUUUUGUACGUAGCAAGAUUUAUUAGCUUUUCUUUUGGAGUUUCCAGCUCAGUUGAGAGUUUGAAUCCUCAGCACUCUUCUCUUUGAGGUACUCGAUUGGAGUGAUGUACAUUGCCACGCAGGAAAAACUGGCAUUUGUGUCAGCCCAGUUAAUUUUUAUCGGCAUUCAGCACAGC